AAAUACUUUCCCCGGCACCUCUUCGGUCGAUUGACUUUGUCGACAUUUCAGGUGAAACUUCUUCGGAAGACACUCCCCUGCAAAGAAAAAGGAGGUCCGGGGAAGCGGCCGCUGCUGAAGCCGAUCAAAGAACCGUCCCAAUACCGGAGAGUGAAGCCCCCACAGGUGCUCGCCCAUCUCCCGAGCAUGAGCUUGCUAAGACUGCGGAGCCCCCGGCCUCUGCUGAAAACAUUUGGGCUGCUCCAAGCUCAUCUACCCCGGCUCCGCGGGCGGAUGAUUUCGAUGAUAUGUUCUGGAGCACUCCCCCCGCCACCGGCGAAGCUGCGGGCUUUGGUCAUCUUCUUAUUCCUCGGGCCACGAGGUCGGCCAACAGGACCAACAACUCCGGUGUCAGGGAUAACUUGGUGAAUAUCUUCCCUGCCCCGAGUGUGGAACCAAGGAGAACCAGAUCAGCCGUAAUCACCGUCCUCGAGGACUGCAGCUUCUUAUCACGUCCGGUGGGUGUAGCCAGCUAUUUGCGGCCCCUUGUCUCCGACUCGGAUAGGCGCAAAAUGACCGGGGUCACUUGGCAGUGCCUCAUUAAUGAGGGUAUGCAUGCGGGCAACCGGAGUGUGGUGCUGGUUAAUGAAGCUUUCAUCCGUGCCCAACAUGAGAUAGAUGAUCUUCGAGGCCAACUGGAUGCCCAAGGCCGAGAAACGGAGAAAUACCAGCAUCUUCUUCUGGAGAAGGAGGAAGAGUUGAAUCGGGCGAUCGUGCUGGCCAACCUUCGUCCUGAGCUCGAUGCGGUUAAGGACGAAAACUGUCGUUUGAAGAGUGAACUGGCUGCUAUGACCGACUAUCACCGGAGCCUUGAGGCUGACAAGAUCGGCCUUAGUCAGGAUAAAGCCCAGUUUUCCUCGAGGCUAGAUGAGCUCGAGACCACGGUUUCCCGACUCCGGGGGGAGCUAGAUUUGGUGAAGGCGAAUGCAACGGGUUUGGCCGAGAGGAACCGGCAGCUCGAGUCCGAGGCCACUUUGUUCAACGAGCGCAGGAGGGUGUUCGAGGAGAAAGCCGAGGAGCGGUCUCGGAUAUGUGAAGGCAUAAGAGCCGAGCUCGAGGAGGCGGUUAUUGCCAACGACGGCCUUAAGGCCGAGCUGGAGGCAGCCAAUCAUAGGAUAAGUGUCCUUGAGGAGAACCGGGCUGAUCUGGAAGCAAAACUGGCCAAGGCUGAGGCCGACUUGGAAGAAACCUGGAGAAGUGUGGAAGCGGCCGAGGCCCAUACUGCUAUUGUUGCCGAGUACGAGAAGUGGAAGUCUCGGCAGGUCACCCUCGAGCAAGCUGAGCACGGUCUUGCGGAUCUUCCGGCCCUGAUACUCCAAGCCAAAGGAAUGGAGGAGGAGGCCAACCGCGCUCUCGAGUCGGAGUCAGAUGACUCCGAGCGGACCGAGUCCGAACAUUCAUCCUCCUCUAGCCAUGCUGGAUAGCAUAGGUCCUGUACUUGGCUUUUAUCUCUUUAUUUUUUUUCCUUUGUCUUCGUAGGACUUUGUUUUUCUUUUGAUGUAAAGAACAUCCGUUAUAUAAAUGAAAAGCGCAUCUUUCUUGCUUCUUCGUUUGAAUGUUUGUUAUUAUUUUUGCUACAAUCGUUGGUCCGUUUUUAGACAAGGCGACUCGUAGUCAUUGAUUCAUCGUGCCCGUAGGACUUUAUCUGAUGUUUCGUGGUUU